AUCUGGAGAGUUUAUACAUUAAACUCUUUAAACUAUAUGUAUAAAGUUUUAUUAUUUUACUUUUGUUUUAAAAAGUGUUUGAGAAAUGAAUGCGUUUAAACCCUGCCUCUGAAUUCCUCUCUCUCUCUCUCUCUAUCCCUCUCUCCCCCCUCUCUCUGUCUCUCUAUACCUCUCCUCCCCCGUCUCUCUCCUCCCCCGUCUCUCUCUCGGGAUCGGCUAUAAAGAGAAUUCCUCUCCUUUUAAAUCGCAGAGCAGCUCCGUUCUUCUCUCCCUCGUUUACUGUUAUAAAGUUUGUUGACAUUCACGACACACACGGCAACUUACAAAGGCAACAAGCUGUUUAUUUUUCUGCUGAAAUGUCAUACAGAGGAGUUGGAUUUGGGGGUGCAGACUCACCCCCUUCUAUACAGAGGGAGACGAUGACUGAGAUAGAGGGGGUCCCCAUUAUAUCCUCUGUCACCCAGAGUUGGGAUCAAAUUCGAAACUUUAAAGCCAGACCAGAUGAUGUGCUUAUAGCUACCUACCCAAAAGCAGGCACCACGUGGAUGGUCGAGAUCGUGGACUGCAUCAUGAAUGACGGCGAUACAGAGCGCUGCAAGAGAUCCCCGACUCACGACCGAGCCCCGUUCAUGGAGCUGAACCCCCCAAAACCGUUCCCCUCGGGUCUCCAGCAGUUAGCCUCCAUGGCGUCUCCCAGGCUGGUGAAGACACACCUCCCUGUGCAGCUGGUGCCUCAGUCCUUCUGGGAGAAUGACUGCAAGGUGAUCUAUGUUGCUCGCAAUGCAAAGGACAAUCUCGUCUCCUAUUACCACUUCCAGCACAUGAACCAGGGGCUACCCGAGACAGGAAGCUGGGAGCACUACAUCAGCAGCUUCCUGUCUGGGCAAGUGCCGUGGGGCUCCUGGUUCGAUCAUGUGAUUGGCUGGUGGGAAUCGAAAGCAGAGCACAGAGUCCUCUACCUCUUCUAUGAAGACUUGAAAGAGGACCCAGCUCGUGAGAUUGAGAGGGUGGCUCGUUUCCUGGGGAAGGGGCUGGACCAGGCAGUGAUUGACAGGAUCACUGACCACACCUCCUUCAGCCAGAUGAAAGAGAACCCCAUGGCCAACUACAGCACCCUGCCCGCCUUCAUAUUCAACCAGGCCGUGUCUCCAUUCAUGAGGAAGGGGACGGUGGGUGACUGGAAGCAGCACUUCACCGUGUCUCAGAGCGAGCGAUUCGACGAGGAGUACCGGCGCAGGCUGGCAGGUACGAGCCUCCGCUUCCGCACGGAGCUGUGAAUGCAGCGAGCAGGAGGACUACAGCUCCCAGACUCCCUCGCUGCUGCUGCCGCCGCCGGGAGCAAACCUGAAGAACUACAAAACCGCUCAUAUCAUUCUGGGAAAUGUAGUUUUGUAUUAUUUUUUAUUUUUUUUUUUAACUGAAGGUUUUUAAUGAAGGAUUUAGAAUAUAAACAAAGGGAAAUCAAAUACUGUACUUAUAUAUACAUAUAUCGAAUGUAACUGUGUUUUACCCGCAAAAUUAAUUAAACUCAACUGAAUA